AUGAUGGUGCACUGUGCCGGCUGCGAGCGCCCCAUCCUGGACAGGUUUUUGCUCAACGUCCUGGACCGGGCCUGGCACAUCAAGUGCGUGCAGUGCUGUGACUGUAAAUGCAACCUGACCGAGAAGUGUUUCUCCCGGGAAGGCAAGCUGUACUGUAAGAACGACUUUUUCAGGAGAUUUGGGACGAAAUGCGCCGGUUGCGCUCAGGGCAUCUCCCCAUCGGACCUGGUGCGGAAAGCGAGGAGCAAAGUCUUUCACCUGAACUGUUUCACCUGCAUGGUUUGUAACAAGCAGCUCUCCACGGGCGAGGAAUUGUACAUCAUCGACGAGAACAAAUUCGUCUGCAAGGACGAUUAUUUGAGCUCGUCCAGCUUAAAAGAAGGCAGCCUCAACUCAGUGUCCUCGUGUACCGACCGAAGUUUAUCUCCGGACAUCCAGGACCCGAUGCAGGACGACACAAAAGAGACGGACAAUUCCACAUCCUCGGAUAAAGAGACCACCAACAACGAGAAUGAGGAGCAGAACUCUGGGACCAAAAGAAGGGGACCCCGAACCACCAUCAAGGCCAAGCAGCUGGAGACCCUCAAAGCAGCUUUUGCCGCCACCCCGAAACCCACCAGGCAUAUCCGGGAGCAGCUGGCUCAAGAGACAGGACUCAACAUGAGAGUCAUUCAGGUUUGGUUCCAGAACCGACGGUCCAAGGAGCGACGGAUGAAACAGCUGAGCGCGCUGGGCGCCCGGAGACACGCUUUCUUCAGGAGUCCUCGGCGCAUGCGCCCUUUGGGAGGCCGGCUGGAUGAAUCCGAAAUGUUGGGCUCCACCCCGUACACUUACUACGGAGAUUACCAAGGCGACUACUACGGCCCCGGGGGCAACUACGACUUCUUCCCGCACGGCCCCCCCUCGCAGGCGCAGUCCCCCGCCGACUCCAGCUACAUCCCCACUUCGGGGGCCGGCUCUACCCCGCUCGGACCCCUGGAACCCCCCCUCCCCGGGCAUCACGCUUCCGAGAACCAAAGGUACACGGAUAUGAUCUCGCACCCCGACACGCCCAGCCCGGAGCCCGGCCUGCCGGGCUCGCUGCACCCCAUCCCGGGCGAGGUCUUCAGCGGGGGUCCCAGCCCCCCUUUCUCCAUGUCCAGCUACAGCGGGCCCCUCUCCCACCCCAACCAGGAGCUGAACGAGACGGCCGUGUGGUAG